GACCAAACAAGUGCUUGUCCUCAAGGCGUAUAUCUGGAGCCUGCAUUCCCUUACAGGAAGCUUUUAUGUAAUACUGAAAGAUGCCCAAGAACGUUGCAAGUACAAAGUGAAUGAGGUAAGACCAAAGAUAUGAUAUAUACACUGAUGAUGAUGAUAUUGCUAUUGUGUGGUGAGAAGUGCGUGUAAGGGGAUGAAAUGCUUAGGCACAAAACACUCCCUUGAACAACUGGGAAUGGAAUUUUCUGUGGGAGGACAAGGACUGUCAGACUUCCCCAUGGCGUAAUUCAUAUAUUAACAGCAUCCCAUACAGCACUUCUUCCUUCAGCUCUCCUGUAGAGUUCUUUGAGUAAGGCAGCAAAUGUUUACAUAGUUCAGAAAUAGCAAAAGUUUGACUUAUUUUCAACUGCCUGUAGUGCAAACCAGCAGAAGAUGAAGAAAGAUUUUGCUGGUGGGUGACCAAACACCCCUCUGUAUGCUGCUGGCGAAGGCACCACCACCAUUUCAAAUAACUGCUGCAAAAUUGGGAAUAUUUUGGAAAGCAGAAGGAAAUAUUAAAGGAUGUGUCCCAAAUGUAGGGCUGUCCUACCCUAUAAACUGAAUGUUUAAAUUGAAUAUUCAUAUCGAGGUGUAAUUGCUGUUAAUGAGAAUAUACUGGUGUCUCUCUCCUCUUACAUGGUACCUGUGUCACUUGAAAUGGUGACAGUGCUAGUUAGUAUUUCAAAAGGAAGCUGAUCAUAGCCUUAUAUUCUUAUUUAUGAGAGAACUAAUUUAAAAGCCAAUUACAUAAAAUGUACUUAUUCUGACCACCAUUAACCUCCAUAGGCUAAGCUUCUGUGCAUUAGUUAGUGAAGGAUAAUAGCAUCAAAUAAAAUAGAUACUAAUUUUGUUGCUAUUUCAUUUUUGUCCCUCUUUUUAACCUCAUCCCACUAAUUACUCUUAUAAAGAGUAAUUGGCAAGCCCAAUUCCUGUUCAGUGGACCUCUCUUCAAAGCCAUAAAAUAGCAAGGGCUCUCUAAUGAAAGUGUAAAAAUAAGCUGGAUUUUAUGAAGCACAGUUAAAUGAGAAGGGGAGAACUAGACUAAAAAUCUGCUUUUGCAAAAAAAAUGUUAUUUGAUUCCUCACAUCUUUGUCCUCAUCUCACUCUGCUUCAGCUCUGACCCUUUGUGAGGUCAUUCAACUUAUUAACCCAGAAAAAGACUAACUGUGAUAAAAGAGAAAAAACAACAACAACAAACGCUGUUGUUUUGUGUCGAGUUAAUGGAUUGAAUCACCUUAGCUCACCUCCUGCAGGCACCACAGCCAGCUCAUGGGAGAAGAGAGGUACAAACUUGCAGCCAUGAGCAGGCAUGGAGAAAUGUAGAUGGGGAAGACCUGUUUCUUCUCAGUUGCAAGCUGCCUGACUGGCUCAAUUAUAUUAUUUUUCCCUUAAAAAGCUGUUAGAUAAAUACUGGGUUAUUAAUGGCCAAUGCUAUCUGAUCUGGAGCCCUGAGAGAAGAGCCAAGAUCAUUUAACCUACCUAAAGAAUGAAAAGCUGGAUUAUACUGCUGGCUAUUGCAGUCAGCACAGAAGAAGCACAAAAGCAGGAUAUCUGUACACAGGCAUAUCCUGGCAUUCCCGGCAAUCCCGGACACAAUGGCAUACCUGGUCGUGAUGGACGUGAUGGCUCAAAAGGCGACAAGGGGGACACAGGUGAGGCGGGACUUCCUGGCAUUCCAGGGAAAGAUGGUGCACAUGGAGAAAAAGGCCAAAAAGGAGCCAAUGGAACUGUUGAAGAGAAGGGGAACAAAGGAGAUAAAGGAGAAAGAGGACGACCUGGAAAACUAGGACCAAAAGGAAUUAUAGGGUCAGUGGGUUACAAAGGUCAGAAGGGAGAGCUGGGACUGCAAGGACAAAAGGGGUUAAAAGGAGACAUUGGGCCCUUAGGUCCAAAAGGGACGAAGGGUGAAAUUGGCCAUCCUGGAAUAAUUGGUUUGCCAGGGCCAGUUGGCCCCAUUGGUAAUCCAGGUCCUAAAGGUAAUACUGGAGAUCUGGGGCCACCAGGUAGUCCAGGAAUUCAGGGGGAAAGAGGCUUGAAAGGAGACAGAGGAGACAAGGGGAACACAGGUGCCCCAGCAGUUCUGCCAAGGAGCGCUUUCAGUGUAGGCCUUACAGCUGCCACCAAAUUUCCUCCCCACAGUCACCCGAUCAAGUUCGACAAGGUGCUUUAUAAUGGCCUAAGUGACUAUAACCCAGUUACAGGCAAAUUCACCUGCAAAUUCUCUGGUGUUUACUACUUCACCUACCAUAUCACUGUCUACUCGAGGAAUGUCCGAGUAGCUCUAGUCAAAAAUGGGAUCAAGAUGUUGCACACCAUGGAUGGAUACCAGGGUGCUGAGGACCAGGCGUCAGGAGCUGCCAUCCUUCAACUACGGGCAGGAGAUGAGGUGUGGCUGCAGGCUCAUCGAGGAGAGACCUUCAAUGGGCUGUUUGCAGAUGCUGAUGAUGAUACCACCUUCACUGGGUUCCUCCUGUUCAGCACCUCUGAGACGCUGGAACCCACAACAUGAAGCCACUCUGUUAAUCUGUGACUUGGGUGAACUGUUGUCUGAUUUCUGCUCAUCCAAAUCUUACUGAUUAAAGUGGUGGAGGUUCUUUAUGAAACUCGUAGAAUCAUAGAAUGACCUGGGUUGAAAAGAACCACAAUGAUCUCCUAGUUUCAACCCCUCUGCUAUGUGCUGGGUUGCCAACCACGAGACCAGGCUGCCCAGAGCCACAUCUAGCCUGCAAGCAAACUUGAUGCUGGUUUGCUUAGUACUUUUCCUUGGUUUUUUUUUUUUAUUAUUAUUUUUUUUUUAACAGAUUAAUCCUCAUUUUAUUUCCUGUUUCAUGUUUUGUUUGUUCUAUCCAUUAAUGCCAUAUGCCUAUGUCCCUCAGUACUCCCCAGUAAAGUUUUAAUCUGCUGGCCAAUUCCAUCUGAAUAUAGCGGAAAACAAACAGUUCUCAUGCCCAUCUGUUAAAACACGGAUCGAGACUACAGAAACAGCAUAACUCUAAAGAGCAUUAAACUUCUUUUUGACCCA